UAUAGAAUAUUUUAAAGCAGAUUAAUUAUGGACGUUUCAUCUGUUAAAAAUCUCUGUAAACAUUUAAUUUCAUCGGCGAUUCACCGAUGCCGAGUCUCCGGCGAACUCUGCCGGUUAACCGUAAAUCUGAAAUCGUCUCCACGUGCCGCCGAUAAUCCUGUUGUUCGUGUAUCAAUUUCCGACACUGGAGUUGGAAGUAACGUGGAUGAGUUUCAGUAUAUGCAGUGUUUAAGCGGUACCAUAUUGAACGAGAUACAGGAUGGACUUAUAUCAAUUGCAACUACCAGUGUUUGUGAUCAUGAAAUAUUUCACUACAAUAUAGAUCUUAAACAAAAUGACUACAUGAAAAGAAUAGCAAAGUUACCCCUAAGCUCCAAGAACGGUGCAACAUUCAGUGGGACUGAAGUAUCAUUCUCAACAUUUCAUUGCAUCAACGAUUUACAGGCAGAUAUUACUUGCUUUUUCAAAAAGUUGCUCAUUAUGAAGGUUCCUAAGACUGGAAUUGAACUCAUUGUUGACAAGGUUGAAAUCCCUGUGCACCAAUGUAUCAAUGCUAUAAUAGUAGAUGAGUGCAUUGAUUUAUCAUCUGAGGAAAACAUUCCAUGUCUCAAGUCAGGCCUUAUGGACUAUGUUCUGAAGCAUGGGAAUCAAAUAGAUAGUACGUGCCACUCUUGCUUUCCAAUUGGGGAACGCCUGAAAUGUGGAAGUGGGCUGGUCUGCAAAAGUAACAGGAAUACUGAAACAACAAUAGAAGCCGUGGUUAUAAUUAGUGAAUUAGCUGAGCUGAUGAAUCCAUCCUGUUCCAGGGAGUGCGGUAGUAAAACAGAGGUUUUAUACUUCAGUGAUUACUCACCUGGCGUGAUUUCUCAGUCGUUGCUAAAUGAGUUGAAAAUCAUUGACUGGAAAAGCUAUGGGCUAAUCAUAAAAUGCAUCUCAAAUGUAGAUGGUUGUGUUUUCAUUGAGUGGGAGGAUCUGCCACCUGGAUUUCAUGUUGACAUUGCCAUUCACUGUCACCACAAGAAGGUGAACCUUCCUCCAACUAAGGCAAGAACUGCUAACCGAAAUCUUGCCAAGAAAGCUGUGAAGAGUGCUUUGAAUGACCUAAAGGAGAAAAAUGACGGAUUUCUUCUCAGUGCAAAUGCAGUUAAGAUUCGCAGUUAUGCUCCAGACCUUGCGAAAACAAUUGCAGGCCUGAUCUUGACUUCUAAUGACUUGAAGUUCAGAGGAGACUGUGCUUCUCUUCUUGGUCUACACUCCCAUGAUGAAGAAUCUAUUGAAGAUAACAUUAAACGGAGGCUUCUUUCAGUGAUAGACCACAAUGACAGAGAGCCUCAGACUAAGAGAAUCAGAGAAAGCACACUUCUCUUUAACGAUGAUUAUUUUGAUGAACCUGAAUAUGCAGACGAGGAAUAUGAAGAUGACGAGAUAAGCUUUUCUGCUUUCGACCUAUAGAGUUAUAUUAAGAUAACGUGAAUUAUAUGAAGAUGGUGAGGUAACUGGAAUCUUCAUCAUGAAUUAUAUCGAGACAUGAAGUAUAACAAAUUACAUGGCCAUAAGAGAUUAUCUUAAGUUUUAGAUGAGCUCCAGUAUAAUGUUUGUAGUGGCUCUGGCCACAAGGUAGUCGGGUAACUUGCUUAGUUUGUUGAUUAUUUAGGAGUGAAAAAUUUUGAGUUUUGAAUAGUUAGAUUGAUAUUAUUAUAUUAAAUGAGAAUGUACGAUUAAUUAUA